AAUGAACAAAACUCUGGCCAGCAAUCAGAUUCGGAUGAUGAACAGGAUCCACCAUCCCCUCCAUAUUUCCCCUAUGACAUGGAUCGAUUUGGUGAAUUCUUGGACCCCAACAACCGGAAUGUACCUCCACCAACAGAUGAGACUAGUGACAUCCAUGGAGAGAGUGCAGUGGUUUCAAGUAACGAGGACAAUGAGCUGGUUGCUGAUGCUGUUGAACUAGCAAACUCAAGUGAUAUUUCAGUCGAGCGACAGUCAGAGAAUCUAUUUUCUACACUUUUCCAUUCCGACUGCUUUGAAGACUUCAACAAUAACAUGAGCGACUAUUUGUAUUUUAAAAACGAUAUGCCAAGUUCCGAUGGAUCUCAACAAACAAAUGUCAGAGAUGCUGCUACUGAUAACAUUGCCAGCGUUGCAGUUCUGAAUAACGGGGUCAGCAGUGUUACUGAUGAUAAUGUUUCUAAAGAGUACAGUUUCUUACGCAGAAUCCUUCAGACAGCAAUGAUUCAGAUGAUUGGAUAAAAAGCUUACUUCUCACUCUCCAUUAGUUUUGGUAUCCAAGCAUCUACAAAUGUGAAGCAUACACAAGGGAUCAUAUUGUUCUGUUGUCCAUCUGCAACCCCAACUUUGAUAAAAAAAACAAUAUCAGCGCUCAAUGAACGAAUUGAGUUUCAUAUGAAUUUGGAUUUGUUGUAGGUUCACCAAAUUAAGAACCCAUAAAUUUGAUCUUUAAUGCUCAAUGCUCAUCUUCUUCUCUUGUACUGUAUAAUUUUUUUUUGGGUUCCUACUUGAUAACUGAACUAUCAUACGGAAUUCAAACGGUGCAUCAGGCUAGUACCCUGCAGUUCCAACUCCAGUUACCAGCACCAGCUACCUCCACACAGCACCGACAAUCCAUGGCUUGCGGAAACUCCAGUUCAGCUAACUGACACCAGCAUAUCCACCAAAUGUGACCUGCAACUGAUUCAACUUAGCUCCAGUCCAUCUUUGCAGUCUUCGCAGCUACAUAGUAGCAUCACCUGUAGCUUCAUCCUGCAAUACCUUCACCAUCUCAUAAUCCAACACAAGCUUCCACCUGCAACAGCAGACUCCUCCACUUCUUCAUAUCAUGUUCUUGACACCAGUAGUACCCCAUGUCUCAAACCUGUUCAUCCUUUCCAUUCCUUCAUUGCAGAACAAUUUCAAACCCAUUCCGUUAAUUCAGCCAUAGAACUCAAUUUUCCCAUUGUUCUUCCAUCGGCAUCAAGAUUCAGUGGCACCAGUACUACAAUCUUCUAAUUCUCAGCUAACCCAUUUCCUCGUUUCCUCGGCAUCAGAACUUCAGCUGCAACUUAACCGUUAUUCCCAUCUCAUCGGCACCACCAGCUUCAGUUCAUUGUUACAACUCAAACAAACCCAUAAUUGCAACCACCAUUUCAAAUCAUCACAACCCAUUCUGCCUUGUUCUCAACUCAUUCUUUUGUAGCUUCAAUUCAUUCUAGUCCUCCAGCUGACAGUUCCAGCACCAUUGCAAUCUCAGUACCACCAUCAGUUCCAUGGCAACCUGCAAAACUGUUCACAUACAGCACUGUCACUCAGCUGUAGCUUCUCUUCUGCCUUACAGCACUACCCUUGAUUCACUAGAAUUAUCAUUUCCUUCUUUGUCUUCUCAGCUACUCGGCACCAGCUUGCAUCUGUUCCCAGCAGAACCACAGCAACUGAUACUCCUUCUUCCCUGCAAGCUCAACUGCGACAACACACAUAACUCCUCCUUGCUCUAGCCAUCUCUAUAACUCCAUCCACCACCUGCAUUCUAACACAAACCCAUAUUCUCAAUGCGUUUCAAACAUUCAAACAAGCCUCAAACUCCACCAUCUUCAGAUUUGAGCAAUUUCAGUUCAAUCUCAACCCCAGAUUCAAAACCCUAACUUCAUUAACAACAACAGCAACAGUAGCAACUGUAAUUCUCCUUCCUCUUGUGUUCUUGAUCGUAACAGAUGCAAAACCCUCUUUCAAUUCUCGAAUCUCUGUAACUCUCCACUGAUUUUAUCACCCAAUUUCAGAAAUCCAUCAUAAACUCUCGAUCUGUAGCAGCAGCAGUAACAUAUCCUCUCUAUCUCAGAUCAAUAUUCACCAGCACUUAUUUCCUCUGUCGAUGAUCAUCACAAUCUUACCAGACUCUCUUCAAUCUCCCCUGAAUUUCAUCUCUCUAACUCUCUUACAGCAGCCGCA